AUGCGCCAAUCGUUUCCCACACACAGCACCACGCCACGGCCGACCAAGUCCGUGCCGCCACCGCCGCGCGCAGGAGCAGGAGCAGGAGUCGGACCAGGACCAGGACCAGGACCAGGAUCCAGAGCAGCAGCGACGUCGGGAGGAACGACGGCAGCCGAGCAGCCCGACAGCUCUUCAUCCUCGCGUCGGCCCCCCUUUACGGCCGUGGUCGUCUCGCCCACGCCGACGCUCAUCGUCACCGCCGCUGCCGAACAGCAAGGCCGUCUCGACCGGCCGCCGGUGCGCACGCCGCUCUACUUGCGCGACCGCGAUGCCGGCUUGGCCCGGACACCCCGGAUCGCUUCGCCUGCCACCACCACUACAGCAUCCAGUCGACUCGUCGUCUCGACUCGGCCGCUGACCACCACUCGCUCGUCCUCCCAGCCUCUCCGGUCACCGCGCUCGUCCGUCGGUCCACCAUCAUCCCAUCGCUCGUCGCUGCCGCGGUCUCCUCGUCCGCCCGUGGCACCACGCUCACCGAGCUCACCGAGCUCACCGACUUCACCGAUCUCCUCACCGAACUCACCUCCACCACUCUCCUCCUCCUUUUCCUCGUCUUUCUCCUCGUCCUUCUCGUCCUCUCUCUCGUCUUCCACCUCGACUGUCUCGUCCACCACCUCCUCCGCCAAGCGGGCCGCUCAGAUGCGGAAUCUUCGCGUUGCUCCGUCCUCGCCCUCGGCCACCAUGGACACCCCCCGGAAACCGGCCCUGGCUGCUCGCUCCAGCAACAACACCACCAGCUCGACCGGCCGUGCUCCCCUCACCCCCAAGAUUGCCGCCUCCGCUGCCGCCGCCUCCAAUUCCCACACGUUUGCCGUAUCGACGCCGCUGGCCCGUCGCAGCACGCUCGGCACCGUCUCUAGCUCUGCUUCCAGAGACUCUAGAGACGACUUGCCUGCUUAUAUCGCCCACAACCACAACAUCACGCCACGCUCCGGCUCCCGCCAGAACCGCGUCGAUGGCAGCACCACCUACAGCCCGAUCAGCAACGGCAACACGCCCUCGGGUGCCCCUGCUGUCUCCUCGCCUGGUCUUGCCGACUCCAAGUUCUUCUACGCCAGCGAUGUCAAGUCUCCAGCAUUGCAGCAGCCCUCACAACCGCCACAACCGCCACAAGCUUCUCUCGCCACCACACCGCGCUCGUCCGCCUUUUUUUAUGCCAAUGGCCGCUCUUUGCCCGACGCCCAGCCUCCGACGACGCCGACCUACCAUCCUCCACCAAGCACAACUGCCCCGCCCGACAUCUCGUCCAAGUUCGUCCACGCCAACGGCGCCGCCCUCGACCGUCCUCAUUCUCAUCCACAUCCGCAUCCGCAUCCCCUCCCCCUCAAGGCCGUUGCUCCCGGUCCGGCUGCCUCCGUCCAGGCGGCCGCCUCGCCCAAGCUGCCCAUGUCACGGUCCAGCAGCACCUAUUCGACAUCCGCCUCGGCAUCACGGCCCAUGUCGCCUGUUAAGACUCCGUUGUCUGGCCUGGCCCCGGCCAAUGCCGUCACUGCUGGCAGCGUCCGCACCCGCAAGCGGAAUAGCACUGGCUCUGGCUCCGGCUCCAGCACCAUGGCCGGACACGGAAGAAAGGGUAGCCUUUCCAUCGCUGACCCGCCCAUCGUCGCUCGUCUGCUGCAGUCGUCUGCCCACUCGCGAUCGGAGGCCUCGUCACCCGCUGCUGCCCAGUUCCCGCCUGCCGCCCAGCUGAGUCCCUUUGCCUUUCCGGGUUUUGGUCAGUCCGCCGCCAACGGCAGAAGCACGCCACCGACGGCCGCCACCAGCCUGGCCGCCAUCUUGCAGGCCACCGACGAGCUGGUCGAGCCCGACGGCGAAUCGGACGACGACGGCGACGACGGCGACGACGGCAACGACGGCAACGACGAAGAAGACGAGAGCCGACAUAGCAACGUCAGCAACAACAGCGUCGACAGCCUCGUCGUUACUGCGCGCCGUGAGCGCAAGGUCCAGGACCUCGAAAUCACCAACGCCUCCCUCGAGGCCAUCAACAGGUCGCUAGAGCGCCAGCUGCGCAAGCAGAAGUCUGAACUGCGCCAGUUCCGUCGCCUCUCACGUUCCGGUCGUCUGUCGCUGGCCCCAUCCGCCGCCUCCGCCAGCAUCGUGUCUGGUUCAAUUAUCGAGGAGCCCAUGCAAACCCCCGGUCUGAGCGACGACGAUGACGACGACGACGCCUUUGAAGACGCCGACGAGUUCCGCGCAGACGGAGAGGCUGGCGUGGAGAAGAAGGCCGAGGGGACGGAGACGUCAGUGAAAUCGGACCAGCCAGAAAAGGCGGAAAAGGAAAAGAAGGAGAAGAGGGAAAGAAAGAGCAAGAAGGGCAAGGCUGUAAACAAAACAGUCGCCCCUACCGCUGAGGCCGAUGCAGCAGCCGCUUCUGUGGAGGCGGCCGUCAACGGCGAGCACCACGACAACACGUCGGGGUCCGGAUCCGGGACCGAGUCCGAGUCCGAGUCGUCGGACGAGCACGGCAGCCACGAGCAGCGCCGCGACCGUCGCCUGCAGCUGGACCUGUCCAAGCACCGCCAGCUGCUGGUUGACAGCCAGAAGAUCAACCAGAGCAUCAAGCGCUGUCUCAGCUGGACCGACGAGCUGAUCGAGGAAGGCCGCAAGGCCCUGGCUUUUCGCGUGCGCGUGAGCGAGAUACAGUUGGGCGGUCGCGUCCUCAUGGCCGACGAGCUAGAGGAAGAAGAGGAAGAUGAGGAUGUGGACGUCGUCGAAGUCGAGAUCGAGGUCGAGGAUGAGGUCCAACAGGACAAGAGCGUCACGGCCGACGCGGACGCAGACGACACUACCAGCCUCCUGGCCGUCAGCAGCAGCGACGCCGUCAGCCUCACCGGAAACCCCCGCCUCGACAGUCGCUUCGUCCGGUUCGACAUUGACGUCGACGUGGGCUUGAAACCUGGACUUGAUCGUGAUCACGUGACCUCCAGCACCCACCUGCCAGAGACGAAACCGCUCAAGCCAGCGAUAGCGCCGGCCAGCCACGACGCCGACCCUGCAUAG